AUGCCUCAUAUUGAAACCUGGACACACUUUGGUAUAUUCUUCAUCCUAUCAUGCACCAAAUUGGUAUUAGUCCAGGGAUUUUUUUCAACAAAUGGGAUAGGAAAAGAUCUCACAGGAUCUUCAAACAUAGGUGAAUCAAGCUGCUUUGAUAACUAUGCAGGAGAAUUGUCAACAGAUGAUUUUCCAAUAUCAGACUUUGAAAUUCAUGAUAAUUGUGGCUUGACUCAUAAUGUUGUAACUGAAGGCAUUCAAGUUAAUCAGGAUGAUGAUGCAAUGCCUCCAACAAAGAAGUCCCGUAAAUCUAGAGCUGAACACACAGAUAUUUACAGAAAUCAGCCAAGAUUAAAAAUGGAUACAGCAGCCGAGUCGCAAUUGAAUCCAUUCAUGAUACAACUUGAUCAAUUCUUGAAAAGCAAGAAGAGAGAUAGGCAAAAGGCAUCAGCUGAUGGAAGUUAUUUGGGAAGGAGAAUCCAGUUUCUGACCCAUGAGUUCCUGUUGAUGUUAGUAAAGGCCCAUUGGACUUAUGAUUCAAACCCACAUGAAAUUCAUUCAACACUAGUAGAAGGAUUUGGAUGGUUAUUAGAUAUAUGGAGAACCGUUCCAGUUGAAUCACUCAAACUUAGAUAUUUACCCAAAGUAAUUGAGAAUAAAGGAGCUUACUCUCCUGAUACUAUUGAAUUUGCUAUUUCUGUUAUGCUUGGAAAUCAGCAGUUAUUCAACAACAGCCAAUGUAGAUUUAUUUCUUAUGCAGUCCUCAGUUGGAUGAAGAAAUUCAGAUCAAAUUGGUUUGAGUGUUUUAUUGAAGCUUCUGGAAGACAAUUUGAGAGAAUUCCAGAAUAUAAAAAAUCCCGCACCCAUACCAAUGUAUUUCGUUGUCUGAUCCACACAGCAAUUUCUGCCUUAGAUGAAAGCAAUACUCAGGAGAUACCAAACCCAAACAAGAUACUAGAAGAUCAUCAAACUAUUCUACCUCAAUUUCAUACCACAAACACUUAUUAUACUCAACAUCUACCUUGCUCCCCUGAUAUAUUGCCUCAUGGGGACAUGAUGGAAAAAGGGUUCACAGGGUCUUCAAACACGGGUAAAUCAAGCUGUGUUCAUAAAUAUUCAGGAGCCUUGUCAAUGGAUGAUUUCCCAAUAUCAGCCUUUGAAAUACAUGAUUGCUUGCUGAAAACAGGGAGUGGAUUUGAUUGGGCAGGGCACACCCCAGGAAGUGUUGAUUUUAGCAGCCAGGAUGAGACAUUGCAAUGGCCUCUGAAUUCUCAGUGA